ACACUGGAGCUGAGAGAUCAUGAGAGAGCACACCAUACUUCAGCAGCGCAGCGGAUAAUAUCAGUCCUCCUCCGGCGGGAUUUAACCGGGUCUGAGCGUUGGAUGGCCGGGCGAUAGGGUCAGAGACGGUCUGGCAGGAUGAAUUCUUUCCCGUCCAUGGACAGACACAUCCAGCAAACCAACGACCGGCUCCACUGCAUCAAACAGCACCUGCAAAAUCCAGCAAAUUUCCAGACGGCGGCGUCGGAGCUGUUGGACUGGUGUGGAGAUCCACGAGCGUUUCAGCGGCCCUUUGAGCAAAGCCUGAUGGGAUGCCUAACGGUGGUGAGUCGUGUCGCAGGCCAGCAGGGUUUUGACAUGGAUCUGGGGUAUCGGCUACUGGCCGUUUGUGCUGCAAACAGGGACAAAUUCACCCCCAAAUCAGCAGCGUUGCUGUCCUCGUGGUGUGAGGAUCUGGGUCGACUUCUGCUGCUGCGUCAUCAGAAAAGCAGACAACCCGAUCCAUCUGUGGGCAAGAACCCGAUGCAGGCCAACAUCAACAAUAUGAAACCGGCGCUGUCACAUGGUGAUGCAUCAUUUCAAUAUGACUCCGUCUCCUGGCAACAAAACACUAAUCAGCCGCCAGGUUCUGUUUCCGUGGUGACCACUGUAUGGGGUGUCACCAAUACAUCACAGAGUCAGGUGUUGGGGAACCCCAUGGUGAACCCAAACAGCCACAUGAACCCUAUGACAGGAGGUAAUGGAGGUAUGAACCCGGGACAGUUUACUGGACAGCAGCAGUUUUCCUCCAAGGCCAGUCCAAACCAGGCCUGCAUGCAGCCGGGGAUGUACGGGAGAUCCAGUUACCCUGGAGGAGAAGGAUUCGGGAACAGUUACGGGGGCGGUCCUAACCACACAGGUGGGAUGGGCCUGCCUGCACAGACACGCCCCCCUUCUGACUUCAGCCAACCAGCUGCUGCCGCCGCCGCCGCUGCUGUGGCUGCUGCUGCUGCUACGGCGACCGCUACAGCCACGGCAACGGUCGCCGCGCUACAGGAGACGCAACACAAGGACAUGAACCAAUACGGCCCGAUGUGUUCCUCCUUUCAAAUGGGACCAAACCAGGCUUACAGUACUCCGUUUGUGAAUCAGCCCGGCCCCCGGGGGCCCCCUGCUCACCCUGGGGCCAUGAACAUGGGGCAGCCACGGGGCCAGAUGGGGCCAUAUGGGGGUCAGAGGACACCCCAGCAGGGCUACGGGCCACGGCCAGUGCAGGGGGCGAAGAGACCGUAUCCUGGAGAGGGGAGCUACGGGCAGCAGUAUGGACCAAGCGGGCAGUUUUCCUCUCAGCAGGGUCAGUAUCUGAACCCUGCCGCCAGCAGAGGCGUCUCGUCACCGCAUUACACCGCUCAGAGGAUGCCAGCACAGAGCCAGACUGGCUACAAGGAACCCAGCAAUAACUUCAGCACGGGAAACUUUCAUUACAGUGGGCCUCCGCGGCCGAUGGGCAGUUACCCUCACUCUCCAUUACCGGGUGACCCCACGCCCCCCGUGACCCCAGGAAGUAAUAUGCCACCGUAUCUGUCGCCAAACCAGGACAUGAAGCCCUCGUUUCCUCCUGAUAUCAAACCCAACAUUAAUGCACUGCCGCCUGCUCCAGGUAACCCUAACGAGGACCUCCGGCUGAUGUUCCCGGUUCGGGACGGUGUGCUUCUGGAGCCGUUCAGACUGGAGCACAACCUGGCCGUCAGUAAUCACAUCUUCCACCUGCAGCCCACCGUCCACCAGACGCUCAUGUGGAGGUCAUGUAUGGCAGCUGAGUGCACUAUACCAGAAAGGAGUGAACGAAAUGAAGUGAACGAAUUCGGACACGCUGUCGCAGACAUAUGCAACCGUUUCCAGGGCCACAGUAAGUUUGGUGACUAUCCCCAUGGCAACGCAGCAUCAUCAUCAUCAGUGAGUGCGUUCGUUCCGGGGCCACACCCCCCCGCUGACCUCUCGACCUCUGAGAGCCUGACACACACGCUGCAGGAUACCACGCCUCACCCCCUCAACACAGAUCAAUCCCACAAUCCUCUGCAGCACAGUAUGCAGCCGUUACAUCACAGCGGCCCGCCCCAUGCCUGCAGGCCGCCGCCCAGCCAGCAGAGCUCCGCCCCCCGCGGCCACAUGCACCCAGAGAUGAUCUUUAACCCCUCGGCCAACCUGGAGGGUCAGUGUGGAGGUCCGAGCAGCGCAGACAUGCGCGAGGCCUCCUUAGAUCUGCUGCCAGACCUGAUGAAUCCAGACGAUCUUCUGUCGUAUCUGGAUCCUCCAGACCUUCCCAGCAGCAGCAACGACGACCUGCUGUCUCUCUUUGAGAAUAACUGACCUCAGACCCUCCACUAGCAGCUGCUCCAUACCUGACAAACACAAAUGCACUUACCGUCACUUCCUCUUCCUGUACAGACUACAGAUUUCAAAACCAGCGUUGACAGACGAACGGAUGCCGACAGUAACAUUAUCUCUGCCUCCAGAUUCCUUAUUUUUAUCUGUCAGAACGACUGAUUGUCGCUCAAUGUUUUUAAAAUCUUUGUCAGCAAAUGAACGUGAGAAAUGCGGAGCUGCAAUGAACUUUGCAGCUAAAUUCAGUCUUUUUUAUUUUUAUUUUGAUAGGAAGAACCAGACAAACAAUCGAAGCACAGCUCUUAUUCAAAAUAAAUCACGUUGUUUGGAAGCGUAAAGGGAAAAAAACGGAAAUCAAACUCACACCAUGCAAUUAUCCAUCUAGUUCACUUCUGUUCGUAAUGCAGUUGUAUUAUUUUUGAGAAGCUCAUGUAAAUAUUUGUGAAUACAUUUGUUUUGAUUGGCCAUCCAUGUUUCUUCUGUCCAUGUGUGAAAACAUGGGCUGCGUUCAGAAUGCAAUGCUAUACUGAACUAUACUGCGUACUAUUUCAUAUAUUUGCAUUGAAAUAUAUUUACAUUAGCGUUCAAAAGUUUGGGGUCUGUAAAGUUU